CGAGAGGGGAGCGACUGUGAGGGUGUUUCCGAUGCUCUCUGCCCCUCGGUGUACAAGCACGUCGGUCGUUGCACCGCUCCCCCCGCCGCAGACAGACAGAGAGAGAGAGCAGCGGAGGAGGCAGGGGGAAAGGGGGGAGGCAGUGAGAGCAGGGGGAGCCGGCUUUCGCUCGCUGCUGUCCAACUCUUACAGGCGAAUCCCGACCGCUGCCCCUCGUCCUGUCCCGUCCCGGCCGCUCCAGCGCCAUGGGGGUCCGUGAGCACCGGGACGGCAGUACCAAGUCCUCGCUGGCGGUGAUGCUGCACUCUCCGGACGUGAGUCCCCGCAGGUUGUCAGACAUCAGUCCGCACCUCCGACAGAUCAACUGCCUGGUGGUGGAUGAGUGCAUUGCGGAGAAGUCGUCAAGAUCAUUCGAGGACCUGAACAUCGCCUCUGCCGGUGGCCUGACUCCCAUUGAGGAGCGUAUCCUGCGCAUCACUGGCUACUACGGUUACCAGCCCUGGUCUCUCCAUCUCCCCACAGAUGAAAGACCAGAGGAGGCAAGUAAGGCCGGGAGUGGCUCUGUGCGAGCGGAGGCGAGCAAGACAGGGGGCAGCUCAGUCCGGACGGAGGUGGAGACGCAGGAGGAAGCCAGAGGAGGGAGGAGGAGCCGAUGGUGGAGGAGCGGCCCAGCCUACUGCCGGUACCUGCAAGGUUUCUCUGUUGCCCGGCUGAAGCAGGCCUUGUGGGGCUGGGCGGUGUUCCUGAGUGUCUGCUCGUCCUGGGCGGGCACCACCCAGCUGGCCAAGAUCACCUUCCGGUCCUUUGAUGCGCCUUUCGCCGUCACCUGGUUCGCCGCCACCUGGAACCUUCUCUUCUUCCCGCUCUACUACAUCGGACAUGCCUGGAGCGCCGAGGAGAAGCAGACACCUCUGCAACAAUUCAGGGAAUGCUGCAGGUUCUAUGGGGAUGACGGCUUAACCAUCAAAAUAUUCUUCACCAGGGCCGCCCCCUUCUGCGUCCUGUGGACUCUAACCCAUUACCUGUACCUACUGGCCCUGAAGAAGAUAAGUGCCACGGAUGCCUCUGCUCUCUUCUGCUGUAACAAGGCCUUUGUCUUUCUGCUGUCAUGGAUUGUCCUACGGGACAAGUUUAUGGGGGUCCGGAUAGUGGCCGCCAUUCUUGCCAUCGCUGGCAUUGUGAUGAUCACUUACGCCGACGGUUUCCAUAGCCACUCUGUCAUCGGAAUUACGCUCGUUGUGGCGUCAGCCUCCAUGUCGGCCCUCUACAAGAUCUUGUUUAAGAUGUUGCUGGGCAGUGCCAAAUACGGUGAAGCUGCCUUAUUCCUAACGGUGCUCGGCCUGUUCAACGUCACCUUCAUUAUCUGCGUUCCCAUGGCUCUUUACUUCACCGGUAUCGAGUACUGGACCUCCUUUAGCCUCAUUCCCUGGGAGAAGCUGUGUGGGAUAGCAAUUCUUCUGCUUUCCUUUACCAUCCUGAUGAAUUUUGGGAUUGCUGUCACUUCUCCAACACUGAUAUCCGUGGGAGUGGUCCUCAGUGUUCCUGUAAACGCUGUGGUGGAUGCCUACACCAGCGACAUCAUCUUCAAUGGCGUGAGGGUGGUGGCUGUGCUGAUCAUCUGCCUGGGCUUCCUGCUGCUCCUGCUGCCCGAGGAGUGGGACCGGCUGGCCGCCAGCCUCAUCAGCCGCCUCCGAAUCAGCAAGAAGGAGCAGCCGGCGGAGGAGCAGUCGGAUCCGGGCUUUGUGGGUCAGAGCCGAAGGAGCAAGGCAUCCCGGACGUCAGCCGCCAGCUUCUCGCAUUCCUUCUAGUGGCACGGCAACCAUUUCAGAGGAAACUUUUUGUGGUAAAAGGCAGGAAGAUACAGACAGCUCAUGUUACAUAUGGGUGCCUAUUUCUUACUGGAUAUUUCCAAAGACGCGUUGUGUGUGUGUGUACCACCGAUGAGCGUGUAUUCAUCACCGACUGCCGGAGCAAGAUGGUAUUUCAUUGAGCAGGGUAUUGGCUUUGUGGUGGGGCUAUGAGAUUGGUCUGAGGGUGGGGGUGUUCCACCCUGCCCGAUACACCUCGCCAUUCAAGUGCAGUGUUGAGAGGGCAUCAGCUGUAACCCGUGCUCGCAACAUUUGGCCAUGGCAUCGAGAGGGUACCGGUUCUACUGUGCACCCUGCCUUCUGGGCACUGGCACUUGGUGUCGCAGUGAGCAGGCAGUUUGCUGUUGACCUUGGUGCCAACCUCUGGGUGACGCCUCACACAGUUGAGAAGCUGCUUGUCUUCGUGUCCGACCCCUCCUCUUGCCCUGGUGGCACCACAACCUGGGUUCACUCAGUGAGAUGCUGACGUCCAUCGCUUGCAACAUCCCUCCAUUGCUUUUUGUUCUCCUUCCUACGCCAGUCCCCAGAUGCUGCAUGUGUGAUGACGUCUACCUGACGGUGCUUAAUUAAAAGGGCUUGGGUCAGCAUUCCCAUUGAGAUCUGCAUGGGUCUUCACAUUCCAAGUCUUCCAAAUGCACGGUAAACCACUCAGAAGACCUGCAGUUUGAAGACCCAUGCAUGCAGAGAUGUCUGUGUUCUGGGCCGCUCUAUCGGGCACUAUCACUUUAUUUGUCACAUGUACAUCAAAACAUACAGUGAAAGGAGUCGUUUGUGUCAAUGGCCAACGCAGCCUGAGAAGGUGCUGGGAGCAGCCCACAGGUAUCACCAUGCUUCUGUCACCAACAUGGCACACCCACAACUCACUAACCUGGCCAUCCUUGGAGUGUGCGAGGAACCAGAGGUGACGGGGAGAACGUAUAAACUCCUUACAGAGAGCGGUGGGAAAUGAACACCAAUCAUUGACGCUGUAAAACGUUCAGCUGACCACUACACUACCGUGUCACCCCACGUGCAGCCCCCUCGAACUGUGACCCGUGACAGCAGGUGGGCAGUGUCCUGCUGGGUUUCUUGUUCCCGUUCCCACCGACAUACGCAUCUGCUGUCUUGUGCGUGCGGGCUGCUGACAGCUACUGUCCUGUGCAAGGCAGUUAAUUAAAGGCGUCACACCCAUUGCCAAGGAGUCAGACAGCACAGGCACAAGCCCUUCAGCCCACUGUGGCUGUGCUAAACACAGUAAUUUUAUUCCCUUUGCAUUCCCUCCAGAUUCAACCUCUCACUCACCUACACAUUGGAGGCAAUUUACAUCAGCCAAUUAACCCACCGACCCACUCACCUUUCGGGGUUGUGUGUGUGUGUGGGGGGGAGAGUCACGUACUCACAGGGAGAACAUGCAGACUCCACACAGACAGCACCAGAGGUCAGGAUUGAACCUGUGAAGCUGUGAGAUGGUGACUCCACUGACUACCCCACUGUGUCUUCAAGAGUUAGCUGCGUGAGAAUCCGGAAGGAGAUGUUGUGGCUGGUGGUCAGUCUGCCCUCCUCCUCCUCCACCUCCUGCCCCCUUUCCCUGCCCUACUCACUCUGCCUCCUCCACUUGCCCACCCCUGCCCCUCUACCCAACCUUGAAUGGCAAUUUACUGUCCAAAAUUGAUUUUAAGUUGGGGUGCAUUGCGGACCUGGUCUUGAGAGUGGCCAAAGUAACACACACAAAAUGCUGGAGGAACCCUCAGCACAUUAGGCAGCAUCUAAGGAGAGGAAUAAUGAGUCAAUGUGUCAGGCUGAGACCCUUCAUAAGGACUCAGUCUGAAAAAUCAACUCCUCCUUUAUUCCUCUUUAUAGAUGCUGCCUGGCCUGAUGAGUUCCUCCAGCAUUUCAUGUGUACUACUCUGGAUUUCCAGCAUCUGCAGAAUUUUGUGUUUACGUUAUGUUAUGUAUUAAACCAAGGUGCAGUCAAACCCUGAGGUCAGCGUCCCCAACAUUGCCCAGCAGCCGACACUGGGAGAAUGGGCUGAGGACACAAAUUUCCCCUUGAUGUGCCCAAACUCUCAAUCUCCCAGCUGCAGAGGAAUCUGCCCACCAGCCUAACCGACCCUCCUCCGGCAUCCUGUUGAUAUGCAACGCGCUUUUUAUAUUUAAAAUUGUGAAUCAAAACUUUGGAUUAAAUACAAUGGGGGCUAUUAUGUUUGAACUGAUGCCCAAGUACCGACGUCUCUCCCGUCUGAAUUUUCUACUGGUAGCCAAGCCGAAACACUUUUAGGUAU